AUGGAAACAAUACAUGUACAACAAAAUUUAUUAUCCUACAUUCAUCCUAAUACAUUUAACUUACCACUAUUGAAAACUUUAACAUUAUCUGAAAACCCUUGGUUCUGUGACUGCAGAUUACGAGAUUUUCACGAGUGGUUUAUCAAUGCGAAUCUUGGCAGUGAAGAAGUGUUAUGUGCUGGACCAAAUAUUCAUGCUCAAUCAUCAUGGCGUGAUCUCAAAGGGUCAGAAAUGAGCUGCCCUCCGACGGUAGUAUCAAGUCCUUCCGUGCUGAGAACAGAAGUUGGAGCUGAUAUCACAUUUGGGUGCUUCGUGAAUGGAGAUCCAAGACCAGUUGUAUCAUGGUUGUUCCACCAUAAAGAAAUUCAAAAUUUUACUUCUGAUAAAAGUAAAAUUUGCAUUAACAUAUACAAAAUUAACAAUCAAGACGAGUUCAAUAAUGACAUUAUUAACAAAAGUUCACAGUGGGUUAAUGUAACUAUAAGUAACGUAACAGAAAAAUUUUCAGGAGAGUGGAAAUGUCGCGCAAAAAGUUCUGCUGGUGAAUCUAGUGCAUUUGUGACACUAUAUUUACCUAAAGCGCGUGCGGCAACCGCUCGCGCUGCACCAGAGUAUUCCUUAUUUAUUCUAGUAAUAGGAUCCAUGUUAGUAAUGACUGGACUAGGGUUUAUAGCCACUUGUGCCUGCUGGAAGAUUAGGCGUCAAAGAUUACCAACAAGCAGAAGUUUUACUGAUCAAGAAAAGAAGUUACUUGAUUCAUCAUUAGCAGCUAGUUGCGAUAGGCAAAGUGUUGACUUAGAAUCUUCUUAUGCCUUUGAAAUGUUGGAUAGAUCACUUUCUAUUGAUAGUGAUGAAAACCAGCGAUGCGUAGAUACGGUCCAAAUUACUUUAGAAGCUCCUGGAAUGUAUCCUCCACCUCCAAGCGAGUUUGAAUUACCAGCUCCUUAUGCUAGUAUUUUUAUAUCAGUGCAGCUAUCGGACACCCAAGAAGAGUAUCCCAAUUUUUUAGGAAGUGGAGCAACUUUACCUCGUCGAAGCAAAACAUGUUUUCUAGAAUCUGCAUAUGACAAUAUGGGUCCUAGAGUAACAGCAGCUGGGAAUUCUACAUGGUCUUUACCAGAACAUAAUGCAUCGAAUAACAAAAAUAUUGAAAAUAAUAUAACUACAUCAUUUUCAACAAUCUCAACAGAGUUAACUGCUCUUUAA